AUGAAGAAAAUGUGUCCUGAGAUGGACUUUCCAGAGCUCUCUAUGCACAACAACUACAUGGCCAAGUUCUUAACAUUAGACGUGUACAAAACGCUCAGCGAGCGGAAAACCCCUUAUGGCUUCACUAUAGACCACGUCAUCCAGUCAGGCGUGGAUAAUCCAGGUAGCCCAUUCUCUUUGAGUAUGGGCUGCGUGGCUGGGGAUGAGGAGUCAUAUGAGGUCUUCAAAGAGCUGCUGGACCUUGUCAUCGAGGAUAAACAUGGAGGUUAUAAGCCAACAGAUGUGCACAAGAGUGAUUUCAACCCAGAGAAUCUUUUGGUAUAUCGCUUGAUUGGGGGUGAUGAUCUUGAUCCCAACUACGUUAUGAUUUCCCGUGUCCGAGGGAGUCGCAACAUUCGAGGCUUCCGACUGCCAUCACAUUGCACCCGUGGAGAGCGACGUUUCCUAGAGCAGAUCAUUGUUGAAGUUCUUGGAUCAGUUGGUGGAGAACUGAAAGGGAAAUACGUGGCACUGAAGAGCCUGUCAGAACCUGAGCAGAAGCAAAUGGUUGACGACAACCUGCUGUUUGAAAAGCCAGUGUGUCCUCAAGUGCUGAGCUCGGGGAUGGCCCGUGAUUGGCCCGAUGGCAGAGGCAUCUGGCAAAAUGAUGACAAAUCAUUAUUGGUGUGGCUAAAUGAGGAGGAACAUUUAAAAGUCAUCUCCAUUGAGAAAGGUGGCAACAUGAAGGCAGCGUUUACUCGCUUCUGCAGCGGAAUUAAAGAGUUUGAAUCCAAGCUCAAGGAGAAAGAGCUCGAAAUCAUGUGGAAUGAGCAUUUGGGUUACAUCUCGACUUGUCCCGCCGAACUGGGAACUGGUCUGCGCGCUGCUGUGCAUGUGAAGCUGCCCAAUAUGAGCAAACGCCCUGAAUUUGAUGAGGUUCUCAAGAGGUUGAAACUGGAGAAACGCGCAACUGGUUGCGCAGAAAACCAGACAGAGAAUGGAAUUUCAGACAUUUCCAAUGCCGACAGACUGGGUUUCACUGAGGUGCAGCUGGUACAAAUGGUAGUUGAUGGCGUCAAGGUGCUGGUGGAGAUGGAGAAGAGGCUUGAGAUGGAAGAGGGCAUUGACGAUCUGAUGCCUGUCCAGAAGUAG